CCCGCCCUACGCGCUGCCAGGCGCAGCGGGGAGCCACCCGGUGAGAGUGCGCCGCGCCCGGGACCCCAGCUCAGGGGCCCUGGAGGCCCAAGCCGCGCGCAAACUUUUGCUCCGGGAUCCGGCGCUCUUCCCCGGCACGCGAAGCCACCAGGCGCCCGCGCAGUCGCCAGGUUCGCCCCGAGAGCGGGUGCCGCGGGUCGAGAUGCUGCUCCGGGACCUGGUGCUGCGCCGCGGCUGCUGCUGGCCCUCACUGCUGCUGCACUGCGCGCUCCACCCGCUCUGGGGCUUCGUGCAGGUGACACAGGGCGAGCCCCAGAAGUCCUGCUCCAAGGUGACUGACAGCUGUCAACACAUCUGCCAGUGCCGGCCCCCUCCCCCGCUGCCCCCGCCACCCCCACCCCCACCGCCUCCCAGACUCCUCUCCGCCCCAGCUCCCAGCUCGACCUCGUGCCCCGCGGAGGAGAGCUGGUGGUCAGGGCUGGUGAUCGUCAUCGCGGUAUGCUGUGCCUCCCUGCUGUUCCUCACUGUGCUGGUCAUCAUCUGCUACAAAGCCAUCAAGCGAAGAUACAUUCGAAUGAAUCCACAUGUGUUUUUAGCAGCAAGAAAGAAUCUAUAAAAAUCGUAAGAUUUUCCUACCUUGACAAAAAUUGUUGAAUUGCAUUCUUGCAAUGCCUCCAUUAGACUUAUCACGUGGAGACACACCAUUUCUACCAUCUGAAACGAGAAACACCGAAAUCAAUUCCACUUCCAGUAACACAGACACGGUGCAGAUAGCGCAGCACGGAGCCCCACCCUGUGCCCGAGACGUCCGUCUGCCCAAGGACCGCAGGGGCCACAGGAGUGGUGCUUGUUCCCCUCCAAAGCCUCAACCAGAAACGGAAUUUAAAAACUCCAGAGGUCUCCCAACCGCCAAGCCUUCAUCCCCCUCGGGGCUGCCACGGGAAUUCGGGUAUUGAUCUCGCUCAUCUGCUCUGUGCUUCACACCAGCGGAUCAAUGGCUUCUGCUUCCUUCAUUUCCAACCACAGAACUCUGGGCUUCGGCCCUUGCCCCACCUUCCCCCUCCGUCCUUUCUCCAGUGCCGGCAUCUGGAGGGACUGUUUCCUGUCGGGCCUCUCUGUCCUUGAGCCUUUGUUCUCUGAGGGAAGGCAGCCAUGCUCAGACAGUUCAGAAACGCAGGAGCGGUGAUAUCUUGUGGACAAUCCCUACGGCCGGGCUUUAAACACUCCAGGGGGUUCUACCAGACGGGCUUUCUCGCUUGGAAGAAAUUUUCAGAAUAAAAUUAAUUCAAAUUCAUUUAUAACAUUGUCACAAAAUUCACUUGUGACAUUUGGAUAUCAAAAGAGCUUUGAAGGAGAGGUAGUAAUGGCAUCAAAAAACGAAUGACAAUAGAAGGAAACUUUGAAUCUCUGGUUGAAGUUAGAGGUCUCCAUUUUAUCUUCUGUAAAAUAACAGAACAGAGGGUUUCAUCUCCAAGUUCUUCAGUCCCAGGCACUAUGAUCCAAUAAAUGUAAUUAUCUCCACAGCA